AUGAUAGUAAAUUUCACAUCAUCAUCUCCACAUCUCCAAAACCCAUUUUCUCACCCUUUCCACCAAGUCCCCACCGACUCCCAAACCCAACAUCAGCACUCCGAAGACGAUGAGAGCCGAAGCAGUGAUGGUGGGCCCACAUCGGCCCUAAAGCCCAAACAUGACGUUGAUGGAGCUUUAAUCGAAGUGGUUUGGUGGCCCCGAGGCCACCUGCCCGAUUCCAAAAACAAGCCCAUGAGCCCGUACAUUCUCGAAGUCCCAGGCGGAAACGAUGUCGUCGAGGCGAUCUCGAAGUUCUGUCACCGCAAAAACACCAAUCUCUGCGUCCUAACAGCUUCAAGAACUGUCGCCAAUGUCACGUUACGUCAGCUGUCAACCACUCUCGGCACCACCGUUACUUUUCACAGCCGCUUCGACAUGUUAUCGGUCUCUGCCACCUUCCUAACAACGUCAUUUCCUCCAAUCCCAAACGGGUUCACCAUCUCCCUCUCUGGCCCACAGGGCCAGAUCGUCGAAGGACUCAUCGCCGAAGCUUUAAUCGCCGCCAGAACUGUCUACAUUGUAGCUACCUCGUUCAACAACCCCAAGUCGAGUUUGGUACACGCAACUUUCAGUGUAAGUCAAGUUUAUUAUGCUCGACUUUCAAUAGCCUAUGUGGCCUUUUUCCUCUUUUUUUAA